AUGACCUCUCAGUAUGGCGCGGAGCUUUGCGCGCUCCUCAUCGAAGAGCAAUUCGGAGAAUUAUUUGCUCGCAUCUUUUCAACCCUCCAACGCUAUGAGCGACUCACUCUUCCUCGACUGAAAUUCCAUGCCCGUUUGGCCGAUCGUCAAUUGCGUGCAGCUUUAACUGCUAUGAUCCAACACCAUCUCAUUUACCACUUCACUUCUCUCGAGGAUAACAACACCUACUACGAAGCGAAUCCUCAAGCCGCAUACUACCUUGUACGUUCAGGGAAGAUCCUCAAUCUCGUGGAAGAUCGUCUUGGCGAAUAUGCAGCCCGAGUCAUGGAAAUGGUGCUCUUCCUCGGCCAUGCUUCAGUAAACCACCUCGAGACCCUCCCGGAGCUUCGAUCCUUAAACCCCGAGUCCGCAAAUGGAAUCACAAAUGGCAACGGCGAUCACACAGAAAACGGAGAGGAGUUUGGCGCAGACCAAGAAGCUACAAAUGGAAAUGGAACGGAGGAGAUUUCAGAACAGCCCGCUCAAAAUGGACACGAUGACCCGGAAAAAAUGAUCGCCCUUCUCCAUUCCACCCUCCGAGCUCUCGCAUCACACGGAUAUCUUGACCGUGUUCGCGAAGCACACUUCCAGAGUCCCUCCGACAAUAUUCUCGAGGCACAGCGCGCCGUGGCUUCCAGGCCAGAUAUCAAGGCAUUGAAAGGAAAAAGACAGCAAGAAGCUAUCGCCAAUGAUACUGAUACUCUUUUGAAGGAGCGAACUCAUGCGGAUCUUACCCUGGGCCUCAUGGUUGAUGGUAUGCCUCGGGGCGUGAAGAGGAAAUUUAGAAAUGGAGCCUCGGACUCGACCAACGGCGCACACCUGGCGAAUGGAGUAAACGGGAAUGGUACCCAUGCAGAGAACGACUGGGCCGGAGAAGACGAUGAGUUUGAUAAUGUCCCCAUGGAGUCCGGAUUGGUCGUGCGUGUAAAUUACCAAAAGCUUGAUGUGGCACUUCGAAACGAUCGAUUUGUCACCCUGGCCCAAGAAGAAGCUCCUCCAGCAACAACAGAAGUCUACGAAUGUCUUCUUCGUCGCUUUGAAUACGUGACAAAACAGUGCCGGGACACAGUGGAGAUCCCCCGAGAAGGAGAAGAAGGAGAGCAGUGGACCUCCCCCAUCGACGCAGAAAAACUACUGGAAGAUAUCGACCCGGCACUGGAUCUCUCAACAGCAUUUGCCCCAGCGGAGUCCUCCUCUUCCUCACUGAACCAACGCGGUAAACGACCCUUGGAAAACGGAAUCAACGGCGAUCACGAUAACGGCGACGAAGACUCCGGACCAAGCCGAGCAUGGGAAAUUAACCAACACCUCCACCUUCUCGCCCAACCACCCUUCAACCUUACCUCAUGCGUAGAGUUAUACGGCGUUCCAAAAUGGCGCGUUGGCUUCCGCGGAUUAGCUCGAAAACUCCGAAGCUUAGAACUGGAACGAAUGAUCGAAUCUCGAUACGGCGACGUCGCUUUACGAGUAAUUCGCGUAUUGCACGCCAAAGGAAAACUCGACGAGAAACGACUCCAAGAGAUCAGUUUCCUACCAUGGAAAGAUCUCCGCCAAACACUGUCAAGCAUGCAAACCGGUGGAUUCGUCGAUCUACAAGAAGUGCCGAAAGAUGCACAGCGUCAACCAUCUAAGACAAUUUUCCUAUGGUACUAUGAUCCUGAUCGAGUUUGCGGAAGUGUCUUGGAAGAUACGUACAAGGCGAUGUCACGUACCAUGCAAAGAAUCAAAGUUGAGCGGGAACGUCUUAAGGAUUUCCUAGAGAAGACUGAGCGAAGCGAUGUCAAGGGCCAUGAGGAGGAGUACCUUACAGAAGAGGAACUUGAGCGUUUACAGCGAUGGAAGGAUAAGGAAGCGUUGUUGCUUGCCGAAGUGGCGCGAUUGGAUGAUAUGGUCGCUGUGUUCAGGGAUUAUUGA